AUGCGAUUGAGAAGCAUAGAGGAGCGGCACGCCGCGUUCUCCCGCCGGAGCUCCGUGGUCAGCAACGUUGCGUUUUCCCGCAAGAACUCUCUGUGCGCCACGGGGCCAAACAAGCGCUUCUCUCUGGGGCCCUGGGCCCACUACGGGCGCGUCAGCUUCUCAGGACUUCCCCUCUAUCAGCCCAUCAUGGAGAUCCGCUACGAGAACACCUACAAGACCGGGCCGGACCAAGGCUGCAGGUUCAACCUCAGCCGGGCCCAGAAGGUUCUGGAGACGGUUCUGAGGAACUACCUGGCCGACCUGAACUACAGCGCCAUGACCAGCGGGCAGCGGGCCCAGAACCUGUCUGACCUGAUCCGCAGCAAAAUGAAGGAGCACUGCCCCCCCCGGUACAAGGUGGUGUGUAACGUCAUCCUGGGCCAGAGGGGCAGCCAAGGCCUGAAGGUAGCCAGCCGCUCCCUCUGGGACCCCCAAACCGACAACUUCGCAUCCGCCACGUAUUGCAGUGCCACCUUAUUCGCGGUCGCCAUGGUGCACGGGUUCUAUUAUGAGUAG